AUGUCCGUCGAAGAAGGUAUGGAAGUUGAGUUAAAGUCAGAGAAAAUGGAUUUGGAUGACAAUAUUCCCGACUUUGUGAAGGAAACUGUGGAAAGAAGCGGAAAGAAUCCAAUGUCAUUAUUCUCAGAGCUUUAUGUUCAUAUGACAGGCAACACUCCAGUUUUUGAUUUCUAUAACAGAAACCAACCGAACGGAUCCAUGAAAUUUAUAUGUGUUGUAAUUUUAAAUGGAGAACGAAUCGAGGGAAAUGUAAAAUCCAAAAAGAAAGAGGCAAAGGUGUCGUGCUCAUUGAAAGGACUGGAAGUCGUGCUCAAGCAUGUUAGCGAAUACGUUGUGCCUGCUGUCAAAUUUGAGGAGAAAACCACAUUUUUCGAGAUGCUCAGAGAACAUACAUACGCGAAAUUUUAUGAACUUUGUAAGAACAACGCCUUAAUCUAUGGAUUCGAAAAAGUGAUCGCUUCUGUUUUCCUGAAAAUCAAUGGAAACCUCCAAAUCAUUGCUCUCUCCACUGGAAACAAGGGAUUACGCGGAGACAAAAUUGUAAACGAUGGAACAGCUCUCAUAGAUUGUCAUGCUGAAAUUCUCGCAAGAAGAGGCCUUCUGAGAUUUUUGUAUUCCGAAGUUCUAAAGUUCUCUACAGAGCCACCCAAUUCAAUUUUUACAAAAGGAAAGAACGCAUUGGUGCUGAAGCCAGGAAUUUCUUUCCAUUUAUUCAUAAACACCGCACCAUGUGGAGUUGCGAGAAUAGAUAAAAAGCUAAAACCCGGAACAUCAGAUGACCUUCAAAAUUCUUCUCGUCUUCGAUUCAAAAUUGAUAAAGGUAUGGGCACAGUGCUCGGUGGUGCUUCUGAGUUUGAAGCUCCACAAACAUUUGAUGGAAUCAUGAUGGGAGAACGAAUGAGGACAAUGUCUUGCUCUGAUAAAUUGCUUCGAGCAAAUGUACUGGGUGUCCAAGGAGCAAUAUUAUCACAUUUCAUCGAUCCAAUCUAUUACUCGUCAAUCGCCGUUGCCGAGUUGAACAAUGCAGAUCGUCUCCGUAAAGCAGUUUACAGCAGAGCAGCCACCUUCAAACCUCCAGCUCCAUUCCAUGUUCAAGACGUGGAAAUCGGAGAGUGUCAAGUGGAAGAUACUGAGCAAUCAACUUCUGCAGCAGCACGAUCCACGAUUAGUUCGAUGAAUUGGAACUUGGCUGAUGGAAAUACAGAAGUUGUACGAACAUCGGAUGGAAUGGUUCAUGAUAAGGAUAUGAGCGGGGCUGACAUCACGACUCCAUCCAGAUUGUGUAAAAAAAAUAUGGCAGAACUGAUGAUUACUAUCUGCACGUUGACAAAGACUUCUGUGGAUUAUCCAAUCUCAUACGAAGAACUCAAAGCUGGAUCUCAAGAAUACGCUGCUGCAAAAAAGUCGUUCAUUACCUGGCUGCGACAGAAGGAUCUCGGAAUUUGGCAACGAAAGCCACGAGAAUUUCAAAUGUUUACUAUAAAUUAAUCAAUGCAAUUUUACCUUUAUUGUAUCAAAAGUUCAAUGUGGUUCCACUUUUAAAAAUCUCAUGCAGCAUCGUGUAUUCAUUCCAUUUUAGCUGUUAACUCUUAAUUUCUGCAUUAAUUAAUUGUUAAUCUUUU